UUGAACCUUUUAGUUACUUAAAGUUUCGUUUCGUUUCGUAUCAAUUAUAAGCUAGCUUGUAGCUAUAACAUGAACAUGUGGAACAAAUUGUUUGGAAAAUCAAAAUCAAACUGCCUCCCACACCAAAAUCAAGUUAUUGUGAGCGAUGCAUUGCGGCGUGCGAAGUUGGCUUUGCAACAGCUGAGCUGCAAUGUAUGUCUGGAGGAAAACAAAGUUUGUAAGUGCGACCAAUGCUUUGAGAGCUGCAAGAGAGUCGCGGGUGCUGAUGAGCACCAUGCAGAGGCCAACAAUUCUGUUACUCAUUCUGUGAUCAACAUGACAGGGAUGCUCAUAGGUUUGGGACAGUUAUCAACUCCAUAUGCCUUAGAAACUGGGGGUUGGUCUUCUGCAUUCCUAUUAAUAGGACUUGGGAUAAUAUGUGCAUAUUGUUCUCAUCUCCUUGGAAAAUGUCUUGACAAACAUCCCAAGUCAAGAACCUACACAGAUAUUGGAUACAACGCAUUUGGAUCCAAAGGAAAAAUUCUAGCAGCAUACUUCAUUUACAUGGAGAUCUUCAUGGCUCUUGUAUCCUACACCAUCUCUUUGCAUGACAAUCUAGCCACAGUGUUCCCCGGGAUCCAACUCAAGGUUUCGUGGGCUAAGUUACCAAAAUCUCAGCUCUUAACCUUCAUCGCCAUCUUGGUAGCUCUCCCCAGUCUUUGGUUGAGAGAUCUCUCUUCUAUAUCUUUCCUUUCCUUCGGUGGUGUUCUCAUGUCACUCGUCAUUUUUAUAUCAGUGGCAUGCACCGCCAUUUUUGGAGGGGUGAAAUCGAACCACACCAUACCAGCCCUCCAGAUUCAUAACAUUCCUGCAAUAUCUGGCCUUUGUAUCUUCAGCUUUGCAGGACAUAUUGUUUUCCCCAACUUAUACAAGGCCAUGAAAGACCCAUCCAAGUUCACCAAGGUAUCAAUAAUAAGCUUCACUUUAGUGACAAUGCUUUACACAUCCCUAGCAUUCAUGGGAGCCAAGUUGUUUGGUCCUCAGGUGAAUCCUCAAAUCACUCUAAGCAUGCCUCCACAUCUUAUUGUGACAAAGAUUGCUUUGUGGGCAACUGUGCUGACACCAAUGACCAAAUAUGCUCUUGAAUUUGCACCGAUGGCUAUCCAGCUUGAGCAUAACCUUCCUCAAUCUUUGAGUUCCAGAACAAAGUUGCUCAUCCGGGGCAGCAUUGGUUCAGUGCUACUUCUAUUGAUUCUAGUACUAGCUCUCUCUGUCCCAUAUUUUGAGUAUGUUCUCAGCCUCACUGGAUCGCUUGUAAGUAUUGGCAUUUGUGUCAUUUUCCCUUGUGCCUUCUACCUCAAGAUAUGCUGGGGUCAAAUUUCAAGGCCUCUCCUGGUCCUCAACCUCACUCUAAUUGCAUUUGGCCCCCUCCUUGGUACAGUUGGAACCAUUUCCUCAUCAAAGUUGCUCCUAAUACACCUCAGCAGAGCUCACUCAGCCUGAAGAAGAUGAACCAAUCAUCUCAUACAUGCCAAUAAACUAAUUUGCUUUUCCCUCUGGGAUGAGUGUUGUGUCUCUAUUUUCUCCUUUGAUAAUCUUUUAGCUUUUUCAUUUUUCAUGUAGUAUUUUUGAAGAUAAAGCUCUAUACACAUGUAUCUACGGGUGUCAUCAUAUGAA